GUGGGCUCCCGCGGGGCGCCCGCUCCCAAAGGCCAGUUCGGGAGCAGGUAGGUGGGCGGGGGCUUUGGUCUCUCUUCCUCUCCCCUCUACGCCUCUCCCCGCCCUCGAGGCACCGCCAUAGUCCGGGGGGAGGGCCAGGGCUGUGCGACGACUUCGGGGAGGGGGGUGGUCGAGGGCUGCGCGCAGGCGUUGAGCGCCGAGCAGGGACGCGGUGGCCCGCUCUCAGCCGUGCCCUAGCAGCGGGAACAGUACUGCAGUGGGCGAUCGGUGCUCUGGAGUAUUGUUUCUGCUGCCCGGGCAAGGCUGGGACUGCCGCACGGGCCCACCCGCCAGGUAAGUCUUAGUGCGGCGCCUGCCGUGUCCGCCCCGGGAGGAGCGAGCAGCUAGGCCCCGGACUAGCGCGUAGCGCGUUUGCUGUCCCUCAAACGGUUGCCCGUCUUUGAAUACGUAAAUGGCUGUGAAAGAUGCUUCCUCGUAGCACCCCUUUCCCUGCCCAGGUAAAAUGUAAACGAUUGCAAAGAUCCCUUCCCGAUCACUUAGAAUACCACCCACACGACAAAAAGGACUACCUUCAAGGCCCAACAAGUCAAGGAGGGCUGGAUAUUGGAAACGGAGCGAGAGGUGGCAGGAAGGGUGACCCGCUGCAAGCAGUUCCCAGGCCACUCUGUGGCUCCUGGGAACCGGGGUCACAUCCUGCAUGUGGAGAGGGCUUUGGAGUGCAGGAAAGAUUCACGUUUCCGCCCCUUCCCGACACCCUCUUUCCCUCCCGCCUCCUCCCCAGCUGUGUGGCGGGGACCUUCCUUGAGGUUCGGGCAACGACGGAUCGGGGCGAGGCCUAGCAUGCGGGUGGGAAGGCCCUGACCAGCCCGAUCUGAGGCCUGCAGCAGAGCAAGGGCCGGAGGGGGGGUGGCUCCGGGAUGAGGCUCUGCGUUUUCUAGCUGCUUCUUGCCUCAUCUCGCCAAAUCUGGUCCCAGAAUUCCACUCUGGAGGCGCUGCCCCAAGGCCACCUUUGUCGCUCCAGGGGCCUCACAGAAAAGAGAUUGUUACCCCGCUGGCAAGGUACUGGCUUGACACUUCCCAAGAAAACGGCAGCACCCGAGCUGUCGAUCCAGGGGCCCUUCGUGCCUCCAAACUCCGACGCUGCGGCUCGUUCGCGUCGCACAGCCAUCGACCUCUAGAGCCACCUGCACCCCUCACAGGGGGUCCCGGUCGGCUAGGGGCGGGAUAGAGCCGGGAUAGCCGGCCUAGAGAAAAGACGGCUGAUCCCCUGGUUGAGGCCUUACUUUAUCUGUGAAAGUCACUAAAGCUGUGCAGGGCUUUUGACCUGGCGCACGGACAGGUAGAGGACAAAGGGAGGUGUGGCGUCCUCCCCACACUUUAGGUCCUCUUAGAAGAAACAAAACACCAAAAGCCCCCCUGGCGGGCGCGGGCUGCCUCGAACUGGCCUCGCGGGGGCCGGGGCCGGGGCCCUGGCAGUCUGGCAGAUCUGCGGUGCGGGGAGGCCGGGGUUCCGGGGGGUUCCGGGCGGCCCCGAGCGAUGAGUAGGUCAGGCCCCGGCGCCCACGCGGCCGCGCUCCCAGACUCCCUUGCGCCUGGGGCGGGCGCGGGGCGCUUUGGGGCCCUUCCGGCCGCCGCGGCCCCUCGGGCUCCCCGGGGCGCAGCCACCCGGCCGCUCGGGCCCCGCCCGCUCGCCGCCGCCGGGACCCCUCCGGCGCGCGGUCCCGGGGCCUGGCCGGCGAACGGGUUCCAGCGCCCGCUUUGCCUCUGCGCCCCCCGGGGGUCGGGGAGGCACCUCGCAGCGGCCUUCCAGCCUCUCACCGGCCUCCCUUCUCCCCCUCUCCCCGCUCUGUACGGGCGCCCCUCGGGCCAGGAGGAGGCCCGGUGGCAGCCGGCGCCCAGCCUCCCCCCCCCCCCCCCCCGGGAGGACGGUGCCCGCGCCUUCUGGCUCCCUCCGGUGGGCGCCCGCAGGACCCAGCCACGCGGUCCAAGUUGCAGUGUGCCUAGAUUUUCCUCCAAGGACAAAAAUGUGAAUAAAGCAAUAUUUUAGUCAAA